AUGGCUCGUCCUGUUCUCCCGUUUCGGGAUAUCAAUUUACAUGCGUCAUCCUCCCACUAUGCCUUUACUUCGCCCUCAUCACGACAGGCACCCACUCUGGUAGUCGACCGACCAACCGGUGAUUUGCGCUUGAGCGAUGGCCCCCUUCCUGGGGCCAAGCGCAUUUCCAGUAUUGCUGGCAUUUUGGGAAUUCUGAAAUUGAAGCUUGAUAAAUACAUUAUUGUUAUCACCAAAGCCCAGCCCAUGGGACGAUUGCGCGGUCAUAUGGUUUACAAGGUUGCUGGAACGGAAUUCCUCCCUAUGCGAGAACGACCGCUGCAUGAUACCGACGAAGAUGCUUAUCUUACCCUGGUCAAAGACUUGCUUCGGAGGGGACCUAUGUACUUCUCGUACUCGUUGGAUAUUACGAACAACUUCCAACGACAGGCGCAAAAUCCUCCCGAUGUUCCGAUGUGGAAGGGUGCAGACGACCGCUUCUUCUGGAAUCGUUUCAUUCAAUCAGAUUUGAUCGACUUCAGCUUGGGACACAACGACACCAGUGGAAUUCGUUAUGGUCCCCAGCCAGGUGCCGACCCUUACAUUUUGCCAGUGAUGUUUGGCAUGAUGCGCAUUACUCCCGCCCGAGUCAAGUCGACUUCGUUCACUUUCGCGCUCAUCACCCGGCGAUCUAGACACAGAGCCGGAACGAGAUACUUCUCCCGAGGAAUCGACGAGGAAGGUCAUGUCGGAAACUACAAUGAAACUGAGCAGAUAGUGAUCUUGAAUGACUCGACUGGUGGACUAUCUGGAUUUGGCGGAGGUCAAUCAAUGACUAGUGGCAAAGCCGGGCAAGACCUUCAAGUGUACUCUUUUGUGCAGACUCGAGGCAGUGUUCCCGUGUUCUGGGCCGAAGUUAAUGAUUUGAAGUACACACCAAAACUUCAGGUUCGCGGUGUUGAAACUUCUGUUGAAGCUGCGCGGAAGCAUUUCAGCGAACAGAUUCGCAUCUAUGGAGAGAACUAUUUGGUCAAUCUUGUCAACCAGAAGGGUAGGGAGGAGAAUGUCAAACGGGCAUAUGAGCAGCUGAUCCGCACAUUAGUCACAUCCUCGUCCGAAAGAACAGAGGCUGAUGCACAUACCUCGGAAAAGAUGCAUGUCUUGGAGCCGGGAUCUAGGCAGAAAGAGAUGGAUCGCCUGCACUAUGUGUAUUUUGAUUUCCACAACGAGACUAAGGGCCUCAAGUGGCAUCGUGCUGAGUUACUCAUGGGCCGUCUCAACGACGGACUGAACCAGGGCGGUUACUUCCGUGGAGUGGAGAGUCCUGGUGCCCCUGGUGGGCAGCUGGACACUCGUUCUACACAAACGAGUGUCGUCCGAACAAAUUGCAUGGAUUGUUUAGAUCGUACCAACGUGGUACAAAGCAUGCUCGGGCGUUGGGCGGUCACGCGACAGCUCAUAGAUGCAGGCGUUCUUCGUACCGGAGAAACUGCCAACGAUGACCGGGAGUUUGAAGACCUAUUCCGGAACAUUUGGGCAGACAAUGCAGAUGUUGUCUCCAAGACCUAUUCUGGCACUGGUGCGCUGAAGACUGAUUUCACUCGGACUGGCAAACGUACACGUGCCGGUAUGCUGCAAGAUUUGAACAAUUCUAUCGCUCGAUAUGUACGCAACAACUUUAUGGACGGGCCUCGUCAAGACGGAUUUGACGUGUUUUUGGGCACAUAUCUUCCAUCGAACUCGACAUUCGCCAACAUUCAGCUCUUCUUUGACCAACGCCCUCUGGUUAUCCAGUCUAUCCCAUAUGUCCUCGCUGCUAGUGUAUUCAUGAUUCUGGUAGCACUUUUCACAAGAAGGCUGCCUGACGCUACUGUCUGGCCCCUUCGUUUGUUCAUGAUUUUCUGGUUGCUAGUGGCUACUUAUUGCUUCCGUUUUGUCCACGGGCAUGGCAUGCUCUAUGUUAAUUGGCCGAAGCUGAACACACCAAUUGCUGGCGCCGAGGGAUACCAGGACGCUCUUAUUAAAGCACGCUCCGAUCCCAUAAUUGGCAAAUGGCUUCCUGCCAGACGACACCAGCGUGGUAUCAGCAAUGCUCGUCUUGUUUUCCUGGAAGAAGGAAAGACAAGGAUCGAAUAA